UUCUAAUCAUUAAGUAGUUUUAAAUUGCCCUCAAAAUUAAGCCUGAUACAUUUAUAAGCCUUUCUUUAGAAAUAAAGUGUUUUUUUGAGCAGUUUACUUACAUUUUUGUUUUGUUGAAUAGGACGGAAAUUAGCGAAUUGUUACGAAACACGAUAAGGUACAACUAAUAGCAAUUGUGAACUCAGUCAGUAAUUCUAAUAGUGACAAGGUUUAACUUUAGGGUUAGGUUUCUUUAGGCCUACUUCUGUAUUUAUUGAAAUCAUUAUUUUUGGACCUGUCUCCACCACUGGUGAGAAGAAAUUGCCAGAAAUGAAGGAAGUAUUUAGUGUUCGACCAGGUUCUAGAAUUCUCUGUGAUGGGGAAUUUGCAACAGUUCGUUAUGUGGGAGAACUUCCAAAUAUCCUUGGUCAGUUACAUCUUCAAAGAAAAGGUAAUGACAUUUGGUAUGGUGUAGAAUGGGAUAAUGUGUGUCGGGGGAAGCAUAAUGGAACACACCACGGAGUUAAAUACUUUGAAACAAGUCAGUUAGACAAAUUGGAAGAAGUGGUGCUACGUGAAAUGAGGGUGAAUGGUGCAGGUCAACCAGGAGAAUUACAAACUCUCAUAUCAUCAGUGACAGUUCUGGAUCUUUCACGUAACCUGUUAUCUUCUUGGUUAGAGGUUGCUCGGAUUGCUGAACAACUGUUGUGUCUCAGAGAGUUGAAUGUGAGUGAAAAUUUGAUUCCAGUUCCAGAACAUCCAGAAGACUUACAGCCAAGUUUUUGUACUCUAAAAACGUUGGUUUUGAACAAGAUGAGUUACAGCUGGGAACAGGUGCUUACUUGUUCAAAAAUGUGGCCACAGAUCGAACGCUUGGAACUUUGGAAAAAUGAAAUCUCGUUAUUAUCCACACCUGAUUCCAAUACCUUGCUAUCUCUGAGAUACCUGAGCCUUGAAGACAACCCUCUGUAUUCUUGGCAGGAAGUUUGUAAAUUAGGAAAUCUACCCAGACUUGAAGUUUUGUGUCUGGGAAAUACCACCCUCUCAAACAUUCAGUUUCCUGGAGUUAAACCUAACCAGAAAACAGAUCUUUUUCCCGUACUUCAGUGCCUGAUGAUCACGCACAACAGAUUAACCCAGUGGAAAGAUGUAGCUGAGCUAAACAAACUCAUAAAUUUGAGAGAACUUAGAAUUUCUCAUAAUCCAGUGAUGACAGAAUUUACCCCAGAAACUUGUCGACAGUUGGUCAUAGCAAAAAUAGACUGUUUACAGCGGCUCAAUAGAGAAGAGGUGACAAGACAAGAAAGACGUGGGGCUGAAUUGGAUUACCUGAAACGAUACUGGCAAAGCUGGAUCCAGAACGGAGGACAUUCUGAUUUGCAGAAAGCUAAACCUACUUUGGACUUCGUAGCAGAACACCCCAGGUUUACUAAAUUGAUUGAAAUUUUUGGACCACUAGAAGAAUCAGAGGUGCGACAACAACAUUCAUGUCUGAGAAACAGCUUGAUCACUGUUGAGAUCUGUACUCCUAACGAUCCUAGCUUUUCACCAGUGAUUAAAAAACUUCCAUCCACAAUGACUGUGGGGAAAGUCAAAGCUUUGGUGAAACGGAUAUAUAAUGUUGGUAUUCAUGAAAUGAGAUUAGGCUGUGUCAGCAGUCAGGCAGCAAACAUGGAGAUAGAAUUGGACAACGAUCUGCGUCAGUUGUCUUUUUACUCUGUUGGUAAUGGGGAUCGUCUCUGUGUCCACUGGUGAAAACUCCCCCUGCCCAAUACUCUGAGAGGGAACUUUCACUUUUAUGUUAAAUUUCACUAAUCUUCUAAUGGUUUAGAAAUGUUUUGUUACUUAAAAAUGACAGAGAGCAAAGACACAGCAAUAUUGUUUAUGAUUGCCGAGUAAACGUUAUGUUCAAUUAAAAAGUAUUUCAAAAAUAAAAUUAUUUUACAUGGCUCAUGAUAUGAAAUUUUUCUGUUAAUUAUGAGAAAUCAUCGUUACCUACAGGUAUAACAGAACUGUAAGUUAAAUGAACAAUAGACUUUAGUGCAGGAGAUUUACUAACUAUUAACCAUUAUGUAGUAAUAAUUAACUAUUAGUUUGAUAUUUGGACUAGAAAUAUUUUUUACUAUUAAUCUUAGCAUGGCUUUAUGUAUAUUAACCCUUACACUGUGAUUGGGAUGUAUAUUUCCUAGUGCUCCCACCCCUCACACUGCAACUGGGACAUAUAUAUGAUAGUCAAGAUGAUGAACCUGGACUCAGCGGAGGAAGGCAUAAACAGUAUUGGCAAUGGGAAACAUUUGUGGCAGUCAAGGAGUCAAAUAUACGUCCUAGCCACGGUGAAAGGGUUAAGGAAAAUAUACGUCCUAGCCACGGUGAAUGGGUUAAGGAAAAUAUACGUCCUAGCCACGGUGAAUGGGUUAAGGAAAAUAUACGUCCUAGCCACGGUGAAUGGGUUGAGGAAAAUAUACGUCCUAGCCACGGUGAAUGGGUUAAGG